CAGCAAAACUAAUGAGAUCAGGGUCAGUGCUGAUGACUGACAGAAAUACUUAUUCUACGGAUUUAUUUGCCACUACACUAAAGGAAAAUCCAUUGAUGGGUCAGUAAACAACAUACGAAUAAUAAACCGCUAAGAGGCAUACAUCUGCUUUUGAAAUAUCGAAGGACCAUGUUGUCAGGUCGUAUUCAAAAUCUCCUGUUGUACGAUGAAAAAUGACAUCAUCCGCCAAAAAACAGAAGGCUAAACUAACGGAGGAGACGAUAACUGAAUACAAAGCACAAUUCGAUGCAUUAGAUCAUGACAAAACAGGGAAAGUCUCCGUCCCAGAUGUAACUGUAUUGAUAAGAAGAGUAGGUCUGAUGCCAUCAAACCUAGAAAUUGAGGAGUUGAUAGCUGACGUGGACAAAGAGAAAACAGCACUUAUUGAAGGUAUAACGUUCGAUCAAUUUUGUGAAAUAGCAUCACGAAAGUACAAUGAAAUAUACACGGAAUCAGAUAUCAUUGAAGCUUUCCGUACAUUUGAUGUGGAAAAUAAUGGUUUCCUUUCAGCUUCUGAACUUCGUCGUGCACUGUGUACGGUGGGUGAGAAUCUGACUGAGGUGGAAAUGGAUGCAAUGUUAGAAAAGGCUAAGGUUGAUAGUGAUGGUAACGUGCACUAUGAAGAAUUCGUUCGUUCUGUAACAUCAGACCUUUGAUAAAAGUUAAGAAAGUAUCCAAAGCGAAUACAAUACGUGAAGAAUAAGAUAGUUUCGAAGACGUAGUGAUUAUUUUCAUUGCAUAUCUAAUAUAUAUCUAAUUGUCUUAAAUAGAUGUAUUAACCAAAGCUUGAAAAUUUACUUCUUAG